CGUCCAGUGGAGAUGGCUGGCCGGGGCGCCAAGUUUUUGAUCAGUGGUGCACGAUUGGCUGGGGUUCGACACUACAGCAGUGAUGCACGCACUGUCACCUUAAUACCUGGAGAUGGCAUUGGACCAGAAAUCUCGGCAGCUGUACAAAAAAUUUUCUCUGCUGCAGAGGUUCCAAUUGUCUGGGAAGAAGUUGAUGUAACACCAGUGAAGGGCCCUGAUGGCAAGUUUGGGAUACCUCCGGCAGCCAUUGAUUCAGUUAAUCGAAAUGGAAUUGGGUUGAAAGGCCCUUUAAUGACUCCAGUUGGCAAGGGUCAUCGCUCCCUGAAUUUGGCUAUUCGUAAAGAAUUUAAUCUUUAUGCUAAUGUACGUCCAUGCCGGAGCAUGGAGGGAUAUGAGACACUCUAUAGAGAUGUGGAUGUGGUGACCAUCCGUGAAAAUACUGAAGGAGAAUACUCAGGUAUUGAGCAUGAAAUUGUAGAUGGUGUAGUGCAAAGUAUCAAGUUGAUCACAGAACCAGCUUCUCGUCGUGUAGCAGAGUAUGCCUUUCAGUAUGCCCGUAAUAAUGGAAGGUAAGCUUAUUUCACCAACAUAAGAGGUAGGAAUGUCUGCGUCACUUGGCAUUUUUUGUUUGUCAAAAAUUUAACGUUUAGUUUUGUUCUCGUCAUUCUAAGCACUAGGCCAAUACAAUGGCAUAUCUAUUAUUACUUUAUUUGUGAAAU